GUCCCGGGCCGUCGCAGCGCGUCGCAGUCUCACGGGAGCGCUCUAGCUCACUCUAGCUGCGGCGGCCCUCCUAGAGACCACAGCGAGAUCCACCACCAUGGCGUCGUCUUGGUCCAGCGGCGCCCUCGCCGUCCUCCUCAUGCUGGCCGCCUCCGCCCUUGUGGUCCCUCCCGGAGCCCAGGCGUACCGCGUGCUCGGCAUGUUUCCCUUCAACGGGCGCAGUCACAACAUCAUGUUCAAGGCACUGAUGGAGGUGUUGGCCGAUCGUGGCCACGACGUGUACAUGAUGAGCCCCUUCCCCCAGAAGGCGCCAAGGGCCAACUACACCGACCUGGACCUGUCCAAGGAGUUCCCAUCGCUCGUCAAUGGGCUCACGUACGAACAGAUGACGAGUUUCGGUCGGACAACAAUCGUGAAGCUCAUCGGGCAGAUGGCCGGCGCUGACCUCUGCCGCGCCACAUUCGAGACCCAGCACUUCCGGGACGUGAUGAGCGGCAAGCACGGCAAGUUCGAUGUCGUCUUCACCGAGAUCUUUGGCUCUGACUGUUUUGCUGCCGUGGCACACAAGCUCAAGCUCCCUCUCAUCAGCGUAGUGACUGCACCGGACUUCCCCUGGAUGCACGAACGGGUCGGGUCCAUUGACAAUCCUUCUUACAUCAUCGCUGGCAUGGAACCCUUCGCUGGAAGGAUGAACUUCUUGCAGAAGAUUACGAACGUGUUCAUGUGCCUCUACAACAAGUACAUGCACAAGGUCUACGUUAACGACCCCAGCGAUCCGGUGGUCCGUGAGUUCUUUGGCCAGGACACGCCAGCGAUCGCCGAACUGAUCAAGAACACAAGUCUCAUUAUGGUCAAUAGUCACGUUAGCGUCAACCCCGCGCGACCCGUCAACCCUAACGUCAUUAACGUGGGCGGGCUGCACCUCAAGGAUGCACGGCCGGACCGUCACGGCGCUGGCAUGGACCCGGACCUUCGCAAAUGGAUGGACGGUGCGGAGCACGGCGUCAUCUUCUUCACGCUGGGUUCACUGGUUCGCUCCAGCUCGCUUCCGAAGCAGACCAUCGAGAACCUGAUUCAGGCGUUCGGCGAGCUGCCGCAGCGUGUGCUCUGGAAGUACGAGACGGAUGACAUCAAGGACCGGCUGCCAGGCAACGUGCGCAUCGCAAGUUGGAUGCCACAAAUGGAAAUUCUGGCUCACCACAAGACGGUGCUGUUCAUUACCCACGGAGGACUCAUGGGAACAACGGAAGCCAUGUUCCUCGGCGUGCCCCUCUUGGGCAUCCCGCUGUUCGCCGACCAGAUGCCCAACGUGGAGCUGUACCGGACCUUAGGCAUCGCUGAACGGCUGGACCACACCGAGCUCACCAAAGAUAAUGUGCUCACCACCAUCCGGAAGCUCACCGCUACCGAUGAGUACCGCGUACGCGCGAAGGCGGUGGCGGCGCGCUACGCGGAUCGGCCCUUCUCUGCGGCCGAGGAGGCUGGCUGGUGGACUGAGUACGUUAUCAGACACCGAGGCGCUCCCCACUUACGGCCCCUCGGCGCGGACCUGCCACUCCACCAGUACCUGCUCCUCGACGUGGUCGCGCUCGUGCUCGGAGCCGUCAUCGCCGUCCUGCUCCUCCUGAGAGCGGCCGUCCGCGCGCUAUUAGGCCGGACAACGACUAAGACGAAGCAAAAGAAGAACUGAUGACCUUUGAUAGAGUUGACUCACUUAUUUAUUGAAAUAAAAUUAUUCUACCGCUAUGAUGUAAAAAAGGACAAAGUCGAA